GCGAGGCAAAAUAGUUAAAAAAAUACAAAAAAAAAAUCCUUAUCUGUGAACCGCUAGACGUCACGCAUAAGCUUCUGAAUUAAACCAUUCCAGUGUGAUCAGUAGCAGUAAUGGUUCAAGGAAAAGUUUGGUGACCAAAAUCAAAGCUUCUGUUCUCGUCGUCCUUUUUGGUGUGAACAAAAAUCUUUCUGCUGAUCUUAUUAUUUCCGAGGUUGAACAACGUGAAGAUGCCGUCACCGCGUGAACCAGUGGACGCGCUGUACAACCAGCAAGACUUCUACAUAGGCCUUUCGCUAGCACUGUCCAGCAGUUUCUUCAUCGGUUCCAGCUUCAUCAUCAAGAAAAUCGGCCUGAUACGGUUAUCUCGGGUCGGUUCCGUGCGGGCCAGUGCCGGCGGUUUCGGCUACUUAAAAGAUUGGAUCUGGUGGGCUGGUCUGAUUUGCAUGGGUAUAGGCGAAGCGGCCAAUUUUGCUGCCUAUGCCUUUGCGCCGGCCUCGCUGGUUACGCCUCUUGGAGCCCUUAGCGUCAUCGUAACGGCAGUGUUAGCUUCCAGAUUUUUAAAAGAAAGACUGAAUCUACUGGGGAAACUCGGAUGUUUCCUGUGCAUAAUCGGUUCAACGAUUAUCGUCAUUCAUUCGCCCAAGGAAGGCGAAAUCGAUGACCUAAACCUGCUGUUAGACAAACUGCAGGAUCCCACCUUCAUUACAUACGUGGUAAUCGUCCUAUCUAUGUCCUUGUUCAUUGGAUGCUGUUGUGGACCACGCUAUGGUCACAAAAACGUAAUAGUCUACAUACUACUCUGCUCGGCCAUCGGAAGCCUAACCGUUAUGUCUUGCAAGGCCCUUGGGUUGGCUCUGCGAGACACGAUCUCCGGCAAAUCGAAUGACUUCGGAAUGUGGCUUCCGUACUUUCUGAUCCUGAUCACUGUCAUCUUCGUCGGCAUCCAGGUAAACUACCUAAACAAAGCCCUGGACAUCUUUAACGCCAGCAUUGUGACGCCCAUCUACUACGUGAUCUUCACCACACUUGUCAUAACGGCAUCGGCCAUCCUGUUCAAAGAGUGGGGCCGUAUGAAAGCCGAGGACAUCAUCGGCGAUCUGUGCGGAUUUUUUGUCGUGAUUGCGGCAGUGAUCCUGUUGAAUGCCUUCCGUGAGCUGGACAUAAGUCUGAACGACGUCAAAGGUAUCAUGCGGCCGAAGCGAGAACUUCUCAUGUCCCACAAGACUCAGUUUGACGAGUUUCUGGGCGACGAGGAAAGCAAUGGAGGGCUAAAGCACUAUGGGACGGGUGAGUAUCGUAAUAUUUGAUAUCAGAAGCUGCCUUGAGUUCGAAGUUAUUUUUACAAUGGAUGGCUUGACGCGGGUUCGUUGUGCGUGUAGGUAUGAAUGUAUUUCUCGACAGCUUUAUUACGAUACGACUAGGUUAAGAGAGUAAGGAAGUCAAUCAAGAAUAGAA